UCCCCUUCCAGUUCUGCCCUCCACCGCCGCCAAGAUGCUGCUUUUGCUGCUGGGGAUCAUCGUGCUCCAUGUCACCGUGCUGGUGCUCCUCUUUGUCUCCACUAUCGUUAGCCAAUGGCUGGUCAAUGGCGAGCACACGGCGGACCUCUGGCAAAACUGCACCUCCGGUACUGUCUUCCACUGCCUGACCUCGUCCACGAAUGAAUGGCUGCAGUCUGUCCAAGCGAUGAUGAUCCUCUCCAUCAUCUUCAGCGUCUUGUCUCUGUUCCUGUUCUUCUGCCAGCUCUUCACACUCACCAAGGGUGGGCGGUUUUACGUGACUGGAAUCUUCCAAAUCCUUGCCGGGCUCUGCGUGAUGACCGGCGCGGCCAUCUUCACUGUGAGGCACACGGACUGGCACCAAGCCUCGGAAAACACCUCCUAUGGCUUCGCCUAUAUCCUGGCGUGGCUGGCCUUCCCCCUGGCCCUCGCCAGCGGCAUCGUCUACGUCAUCCUACGGAAACGCGAGUGAUGCCGCGGGAGGCGGCGUGGAGUGACAAGGGCACUCAUGAUGUCCACGGAGGAGACGGAGGCGGGGGAAAAUAGACGAGAAAACGGAAAAGAAAAUUAACCAAAAAAAGAAAAAAAAAAGAAAAGGAAUAAACCCUCCCACCAAAACCAAAACCAAACCCAAACCCAACCAA